AUGGUCAACUUGAGGUUCAAACCUUUGGGAUCUUGGACCGUAAUAAAAAGUGCAAUCACCACUUCAAUGCCUGCUCCCACGUGUGCAGGGACAUCAAGUCAACCCGCUCUCCAAGAAGCUGUGACAGAAGUACUGGUCCCCUACAAGCCCACCCACAAGGACCGUGAAGUCCACAUGCUUCAACGCCAUUACAAAGGUCAGCAAAUGGUGCACAGAAAGAAAUAUGUCAUCUACGUGGGGUGGGCGCAGGGUGGGCAGGCUGACCGUACAUCUGUCCAAAUGGGCAUUCACCCCAGCAAGCUGGGUAUCACCAGUCCAAAAACGGAUGAAGAUGGGGAAAAACUCCUGAAUGCAAAGCCAAAUCUCAACGAGUUGGAAAAAAGAAAGGCAAAUAUAAGGAAGAACUGA